AUGUCCACGUCCAUCGACAACCUCAAAUCUUUCGAUCCCUUCGCCGACACUGGUGACGACGAGACUCACACACCUGACCACAUCCACAUCCGAUGCCAGCAGCGUAACGGCCGUAAGACCAUCACCACGGUGCAAGGCAUUCCCAAAGAAUAUGACUUUAAGAAGAUUCUCAAGUCCUUGAAGAAGGACUUUGGCUGCAAUGGCCACAUCAACAAGGACGAAGAGCUUGGCGAAAUUCUCCAGCUUCAGGGCGACCAGCGCCAAAAAGUUACAGACUUUUUGACCCAACAGCUCAAUAUCGAUAAGAAAAUUAUCCAGGUCCACGGCUUUUAA